AUGUCUACCAGCCUAGAGAUUCCUCAGUCUGGACUGGCUCUCCGCUCAGGAGACCAGUCCGGAGAUCCUUCCAAGCCGAGUCAGAUCAUGCGGUUAAACCUGGUGCAGAGCACCCUCGAUGAUCUGAUUCAGAGCCUCCGGAAGGAUCAACCGGUCCGAGUCCGCCUAGGAAAACAUCCAUCGAUUCAUUAUGGGGGCAAAUCCCAAUCCUUCCAUGCGUAUCCCGAAACCCACCGAUCCGAGAUGUACCAUAGCUCCGACGAUAAACAAACCUUGUACUUUACGGGGGUCUUGAGCCAUAGUCUGGAGGUGGAAAAGGCUAAAAGUGCUACUGCGGCUACGGAUCAGGCCUUGGCCAAUCUGGAGGAAAGUCUGAAUGCAUUUGAGAGAGGAAAGGAGUCAAAAAAGACGCACAUUAUCUCUCACCCAGAUGAGCUGAAAGGGUUUCGGGGUUCCAAAUCGGGCCUCAAAGCUCCAUCAAGCAAAGUCGAACUGGAGAAAGAUAGAUUCCUCAAAGCUGCCCGCUCUUCUGCUUCUGCCAGUCCCACCUUCCCUCCCAAAUCUCCCUCUCUUGCCAUGGCUCCUACCUCAGCUCCGAUGUCGCAAGCCAAGGAUAACCCGAAGCUGGCUGCCCUCAAGAAGCCUUUGAUCCAUGUUCUGGCCAUUCGGGCUGUUUCCAUCCGGUAUCUCGCCCAAACAACUCGCUCCUUUUCCGAAGACUGCCUCAUUCUCGCCGAGAAGUACGGCCUCCAGCACCGCCUCGACACGACGAAGUACCACCUCAAGGACAAGUUUUACAAAGAUCUCGACGUUUGGGAAUUCAAGUUCCCUAGUGAGGAUGAUCGCAAAUCUGCCAUUGACAAUUGUAUUGGCGCCUUUGAUCGCAUGCGCCUGGAGCGGAGUGAUCCCGCCUGGCAGAUGAUUCUGCCCGAAGCCGAACGCGGCAAGGGGACCUGCCUCUCUCGUCUGAAGCUGCGCACUGCUCCUGCCAAGGUCGAUGCGACCACCAAAGCAGAUAAGAAGGAGCCCAAGAAGGAACCCGCCAAGGCAGGCGCGACUCAGAAGCCCCGUUCCUCGGACAAGCGGGUCAAGGCCAAGACCGCCAACAACACUACCCUCACUGGCCGUGUUACCAAGAAAACCGUUGCGAAGCCUGCUACUAAGGUCGACAGCAAGAUCAAGUCUGCUGAAUUUGUCAACAGCUCUGAUGACGACGAUGAAGAUGCGACCAUGUCUGACGCCCCGGCUCCCGCUCCCGCUUCCGCCCCCAAGAAGCCGCAAGGACACCAGCGAACUCCAUCCGCCACGAAGCCCCAGGCACCCAAGCCUCGUGCUGUCGAGACUCCAUCUGCUGCUUCCAAGGUCCCUAAGGCCGAGGCCCCGAAGCCCAAGCUCGAGCCAACCAAGCCAGCCACCAAGGUUGCAGCCUCCAAGCGCCCUCCGUCUCGUCCUUCCACCUCACCCCAGAAGCCGUCCCCUCUCGGCUCGUCUCCUCCUGCAAAUGCAUCAAAUACUACUGGUCGCAAUCGUUCCGACAGCCAGAACCAGUCCUCUGGAUCUUCCUCGUCUUCACCUCUGAUUGCUCAGUUGGCUCGCAACAAGGUCGCUCGUCCUGCUACCGUCGCCACCAAGCCUGCACAGACCAACGGUGUCAAGAAAGUGCCCGCUGCCAAUCCAUUGAAACGCAAGGCGGACUCUGACCGACUGUCUGCGCCCCACGCUACUGCUGGACGUCCCACCAGUGACCUGGAGGCCAAGCGUCGCCGUGCCGCCAGCCCCUCCAGCGGUGGAAGUACCGGCAGCGCAUCCCCUCCCAUGAGCCACGAUCUCCUGCGCCAACAGCUCCGCGAAAAAUCCCAGACAUUCAAGCAGUACUACACCAAGUACCGCUCCUUGCAUGACUCCCUGGCGGCCCUUGCCGACCCCGCGCCAGCUGACCUAGAGCGACUGCAGCGCCAGCACAACCGCCUGCGCCGCAUGAAGAAGGAGAUCUGGGACGAAGACCGGCAGCUCCGUGACGGCCUCCGCUCUUGA